UAUACAUGCAUACAUAAAAAGUGGCAUCAUCCUGCACCUUGUGCCUUUUGUGGUUCCUGCCCAAAAUCAGGACAUGCAUUUACCCACCACUGCCAUGACAUAAGUUAUAUCACAAAAUAAUUUUGGUGAUAACUUUGAAGGUCAAAUAAACACAACACAAACAACAAUGUACAGUUUACACCAUCAGCAAAUGUAGAGAAUAAGUCUAGCAACACAUUUGCAUCAUACUGUGGCCCAUGGUUAAACAACAUGGACUACUAAUACAUGACAAGUGAUAGCUAACGUAAUACUGUAAUUUUCAUUUGUACUACAAACUUGGUACUUAGCCAUAUAAUUCAUUUUAUCAUGUUCAUUGUGUCCCACAACCAUCAUUAUAACACUAUAAAACUAAACAUUCAUUGUCCCACUUACGGGUAUAGAAAUAAUAGCUUUCUUGCUUUUCCUUUCCAUUUAGCAAUGUCACACACGGUCCUUUUAUUGCCAUAGAACAUAGAACUUUGACUCUCCAUUAAAAGUAUUUUAUUUAUGAUCUUGAAGUAAUCAAAAUGAUAGCAUAAAGUAGCUUUAAUAGUAGUCCAGUAAAGAUUUCCAGCUAAAAACAAAGUACAACCUAAGUUCAGCCAUUUUCUUGGGUAGCACCUUUUCCGGUUGCAAAGAAAAUUCUUCCGGUUUAGGGAGGGUGCAGUUCGGCUGAGAUAGUCAUACACUCGGCCAUUUUUGUUUAACAUUCACGUGAUAAUCAUGUGACACAGAUUGUCACAAUGACGAAAUUGUGACGAUCUGAAAUCUGAUUGGGACUUCUUUUUUUGGUUGCGCGGAACAAGGGCAGGUAAGUCAAAAUACCAGACCCUUCCCCGCCGUCCACCCCAAUGACUGUAGGCUGGGGAAUGGUCUGGGCGGCGAGACUACUAGAUAGUGCUGUAAAGUUAAAUAGUAAUAAUAAUAAUAAUAUUGGAGGAUUAUUUCAACUGCAAGCCCCACCUGAAUAGCAAGGAUAGGGACAAAUUCAUUUUAGAAUGACAUGUCAAUAAAAAUCUUAAUUUGCUAUUAUAUCAUAGAUAUCUAUGAUUAUAGAGUAUUGAUCUUGAAGAUGGUGAUUGCACAGUUGCAAGCUCAGCAACAAUUGAUGGAGUCCUUAAAAUGCUCUUGCAAUGUGUAGGUCAAUCAAAUAAAUAGAAAUAUAGAAAAGAUACAGCAGAACCUUGAUGAAAUGAGACAAAUUCAAGAAAAUGUUCUUGAAUCCAGUGCUAAUAAGAAACGAUCAGAGCUGACCAAUGAAAUAAAACAAGUUUCACUAAAUAUUCAUAAAGAAUUGAAAAGGUUGAAUGAAGAAAUAAAGAGUGCCAAUGAGUUGGGAUCAAACGGACAUGACGCUGAGUUGAGGAUCAAAAAAGCUCAAGAAGCAGCAUUAAGACAAAAGUUAAAGAGACUCGUGUUAGAAUAUAAACAGCUGGAAGAGCAAAACAAAGAAAAGUACAGGGGGAUGCUUAGAAGACAGCUACAGAUAGCUGGUAUUCACGAUAUUUCGGAUGAUAGACUUGAGGAAAUGGUUUCACCAAUUGAGAAUGAAAUAGCCUUAAUACAGGAAGAUAUAUUAAAAGAAAGACAAACACUUGAAGAGGUCGAAGCAAGAAAGAUCUUCCAACUAGAAAAAAAUGUGAAAGAGCUCCAUGACAUGUUUCAUGAGAUGAUAGUGCUCCUAAAUGAUGAAUCACAGGAUGAGAAUGACCUUAUAGCAGACAAUAUUGAGCACAAUGUAGAAAACACAAAGGAUUAUGUACCAAAAAUCACAGAACCGAUAGAGAUAGCAAGAGAUUAUACCAGAAAAAAACAUAGAUUAAAAUGGAUGAUGUGUGGAAUUGCUACAAUAGUGAUAGUUAUAUUUCUCCUAAUCAUAACCCUACCUGUUGCCCUAGUGAUUAUCAUAAUAAUAAUUAUUAUUGUGAGUAUUGCUGUUGGCAUUGGCUCUUGUCGACAUCAAGAGACUCAAGACAAUUGAAUAUUGAGUUUUUGUGUACGAGUGACACAAUAAUAUGCAUGUACUUACUACUAUAGAUAAAAAUAAUUUGUAGUAAAAUAGAGUUUUUAGAAGUAAUUUUCAUUGAUUGAAA